CGUGACCGUGCAGCGCGGGAACGUGCGCGGUGUUGCGGGGCGCUCUGACCUCUGACCCCGCGCUGACCUCCGACCCCGCCCACGGGGGCGCUCCGGGCCGCGCGAUGAGGCGGCAGGAAGCGAAGGCGGGAAAUCAGCAGGUGGGGGCGGGGCUCGGGGGGCUCCGUGGGUCCCUAUGGGGUCGAUAUGGGAUCUCUAUGGGGCUCCGUGAGUCCCUGUGGGGUCUAUAUGGGAUCUCUAUGGGCUCCGCGGGUCCCUAUGGGGUCGAUAUGGGAUCUCUAUGGGGCUCCGUGGGUUCCUAUGGGGUCUAUAUGGGAUCUCUAUGGGGCUCCGUGGGUCCCUAUGGGGUCGAUAUGGGAUCUUUAUGGGGCUCUGUUGGUCCCUAUGGAGUCUAUAUGGGGCUCCGUGAGUCCCUAUGGGGUCUAUAUGGGACCUCUAUGGGGCUCUGUGGGUCCCUAUAGAGUAUAUAUGGGGCUCCGUGAGUCCCUAUGGGGUCUAUAAGGGAUCCCUAUGGGGCUCCGUGGGUCCCUAUGGGGUCGAUAUGGGAUCUCUAUGGGGCUCUGUGGGUCCCUAUGGAGUCUAUAUGGGGCUCCGCGGGUCCCUAUGGGGUCUUUAUGGGACCUCUAUGGGGCUCCGUGGGUCCCUAUGGAGUCUAUAUGGGAUCUCUAUGGGGCUCCGCGGGUCCCUAUGGGGUCUAUAUGAGAUCUCUAUGGGGUUCCGUGGGUCCCUAUGGGGUCUAUAUUGGGCUCUGUGAGUCCCUAUGGGGUCUAUAUGGAAUCUCUAUGGGCUCCGUGGCUCCCUAUGGGGUCGAUAUGGGAUCUCUAUGGGCUCCGUGGGUCCCUAUGGGGUCGAUAUGGGAUCUCUAUGGGGCUCCGUGGGUCCCUAUGGGGUCGAUAUGGGAUCUCUAUGGGCUCCGUGGGUCCCUAUGGGGUCGAUAUGGGAUCUCUAUGGGCUCCGCGGGUCCCUAUGGGGUUUAUAAGGAAUCUCUGUGGGGCUCCGUGGGUCCCUAUGGAGUCUAUAUGGGAUCUCUAUGGGCUCCGUGGGUCCCUAUGAGGUCUAUAAGGAAUCUCUGUGGGGCUCCGUGGGUCCCUAUGGAGUGUAUAUGGGAUCUCUAUGGGCUCCGUGGGUCCCUAUGGGGUCUAUAAGGGAUCCCUAUGGGCUCCGUGGGUCCCUAUGGGGUCGAUAUGGGAUCCCUAUAGGCUCUCUGUGGAUUAGUGUGGGUGUCUAUGGGAUCCCUGUGGGGUCUCUCUGGGUUUCAAUGGGUCUCUGUGGGGUCUAUAUGGGUUAUGAUGGAGUUUCUGUGGGUCAUUAUGGGGUUUCUGUGGGUCCCUGUGGGGCUCCGUGGGCCUCUGCGAGUCACUAUGGGAUCUCUAUGGGUCCCUAUGGGGUCCGUACGGGCUCUCUGUGGGGUCCCUAUAGGUGUGCGCACCCCAAGGCGCUCUCUCUGUGUCACCCCGCAGCCCACAGCGCCCCCAAGCGGCGGGGAGGAGCAGCUGGGCGGCAGCUGCAGGCACACCCAGCAGCUCCUCUCGCUGCUCCUCGAUGGGCCCCGCGGUGCCGCCGCCUUCCGGCCCCUCCCCCCGCUCCCCCCGCCCCCCCGGGACGUCGUGGAGCUGCCCCUCCCCCAGCGCAGCAGAGCCCCCCCCUCAGUGCAGGACCUGCAGCGGGAGCUGGACGCGGUGACGCACCGAUUGGAGCAGCUGCGGGCACAGCGCCCCCCAGCUGCGCCCCCCCCCACGCCCCCCCUGGCGCUGCCCCAUAGGGACACAGCGGCGCUCCUCACAGCUUUUGAGGCCACGGAGCUGAGGGGGCCCCGGGGGGGGCGCGACCCCCAACUGUGCCCCAUAGGGAGCGCCGCCCCCAACGCCUGCACUGCUCUGCGCCACCUGGGGAAGCACAUGGAGGCACUGCGACGGCUGCAGGCGGCGGCGGAGGCAGCACUGAGGAUGGAGGGGGAGCGGAAGGAGUGGGAAUCGCGGAUGGAGGCCCUACAGCAGUGCCACCGGCUGCCCCCCACGUAGCUCACCCCAUACAUCAGUGCCCCACACAUCGCCCCACAGAUCAGCGCCCCAUACAUCACCCCACAGAUCGGCGCCCCACACAUCACCCCACGGAUCAUUGCCCUACAGAUCAUCACCCCCCACUCAGCCCCACACAGUGCCCCACAGAUCGCUGCCCCAUGGAUUGCUGCCCCACACUGUGCCCCAUGGAUCAGUGCCCCACACAUCGCUGCCCCACAGAUGCCCACCCCACACGUUGCCCCACAGAUCAGUGUUCCAUAGAACAUCAUCCCACACAUUCCUGCCCCACAGAUCAGUGCCCCAUAGAGCAUCACCCCACACAUUCCUGGCCCACAGAUGCUCCCCCUACAGUGCCCCACAGAUCACUGCCCCACAGAUCAGUGCCCCACACUGCUCUACACAUUCCUGCCCCACAGAUCAGUGCCCCAUAGAUCAUCACCCCACACAUUCCUGCCCCACAGAUGCCCACCCUACAGUGCCCCACAGAGCAUCACCCCACACGAUGCCCCACAGUUCGGUGCCCCACACAUUCCCACCCCACACCGUGCCCCCCACCCCCCCCCCAAUAAAGGGCGUUCCCCCCAGCCCAGCCCCCCCCAUGGCGGUGUCGGUGUGGGGGGGCCGGGGGGGGCCGCGCACUUCGGGCCCUAUA